GUGGAUCUCACUCUGAAAGACGACCAGGGCAACAACAUGCUUCACCUCGCAUGUCAGGGAGGAAACAUGUCGAUCACAGAGCAUCUGCUACCACUGUUUGACAUCAACAGCCGUGGACAGGAUGGCAGGACGCCUGUGAUGUACGCAGCUGUCAACAGAGUGAAGAGUGUGUUUGAUUUGCUUGUCUCAGAGGGAGCUGAUACAUCGCUGAAGGGUGACCACAACAAUUCCGUGUUUCAUUUAGCUUGUCUAGGUGGAAAUAAGUCAAUAGUGGAACAACUACUUCCAAAUGUUGACGUCAACAGUUUGGAAGACAAUGGGAGAACAGCAAUCAUGGAGGCAGCUUUUUCCAGAAACAAAAAUGUUUUCGAUUUUCUGGUCUCAAAGAACGCCAAUGUAAAAGUGUUCGAUGACUACAGAGAUAGUGUCCUACACUCAGCAUGUAAGGGAGGCGAGACGUCGAUCGUUCAGUGUGUUCUUCAAAUGUUUGACGUCAAUACCAGGGAAAAGAAGGGUUUGACACCAGCGAUGAUAGCAGCUUCGUUAGGAAACAGGCGUCUGUUCAACGUGCUUGUGUCACAACAAGCAGAUCUAACUCUUACUGACGACCACGGUAACAACAUGCUUCAUCUCGCAUGUCAGGGAGGAAACUGGUCCAUCAUAGUGCAUCUGCUUCCACUGUUUGACAUCAACUCUCGUGAACAAGAUGGCGGGACAGCUGUAAUGUACGCAGCCCUGAAUGGAGUGAAGAGCUUGUUUGACCUUGUCUCUAAAGUAGAUGACAUGUCACUGAAGGAUGAUUACAACGCACCAAUAUUUCAUUUAGCUUGUCGUGGUGGGAACGCUUCAAUAGUAGAAUACCUCCUACAGCAGAGUGAUAUCAAUCACCGGGGAUUCAACAACAGGACAGCUGUAAUGGAGGCAGCCUUGGGGGGCAAAGCUAAUGUUUUCAGUCUGCUUGUGUCAAAAGAAGCUGAGCUGAAUCUGACCGACGACUACAAUGAUAACGUUCUACAUUUUGCAUGUCUUGGCGGAGACACAGCUAUUGUAAGGAAUCUUCUGAAGAUAUUGGACAUAAAUGCUAAAGGACGGAAUGGCUGCACACCAGUUAUGCAUGCAGCUUGGGCAGGACAGAGGAAUGUGUUCAGCCUCCUUGUGUCACAAAGUGUUGAGAUGGAUCUGCUGGAUCUCUCCAGGAACAAUUUACUGCAUCUUGCUUGUCAGGGAGGAAACACGUCCAUCAUAAAGUAUCUCCUGCCUCUGUUUGACAUCAACAGUCUGGGAGAAGAUGGGUGGACGCCAAUAAUGAUGGCAGCUCUCAGUGGAAAGAUGGAUGCUUAUGAUCUGAUUGCAGCAAAUGGGGGUAUUCCAUUUUUGACUACUCCACAGAAUGACAAUGUUCUUCAUGCAGCUUGUCAAGGUGGGAACAAAGCCAUUGUUAGGAAGGUCACUGACAGCUUUGGCAUCAACACAAGGGGUAAGAAUGGUUGCACGCCUCUGAUGAGAGCUGUUGUUGGAGGUCAUAUGAGUGUGAUGAAGUUCCUGAUGUCCCCAGGGUGCUGACCACACUCUGGUGGACAAGGAUGGACUCACUCUUCUACAUCUUGCGUGCAAAUUCGGUCACCUUGACAUUGUGAAACAUAUAUCAGACAAGUUCAAUAUAGAUACUCAAGACAAAGGUGGAUUAACAUGCAUCAUGACAUCAGUGUUACAUGGUAAAGUUGCAGUGUUUGACUACCUGAGAAGUAGAGGUGCUGAUCUGACACUGGUUGACAGUACAGGUGAUGACGCCUUAAAUAUUGCCUUUAAAGUGGACUGCAGACAAAUCAUAGAAACACUUACAUCAGGUGGAGAGUCAGAGAGGAAUGUCAAGCCAUUGAAUGACUUGAUGAGAUCAAUAGUGAGGUCUGACGUGUACCAUCUGAAUAUGUACAUGCCAGACAGAGCUUAAAUUCGGGAGCUAGAGAUACCAAAAUGGUAAAAUAAAUCAAGAAAAUGACACCAUUGAUUAUACCGAUAAAGUCGGUAUAGGGGCUUGUGCUUGACUCGAAGGUCUACAGUUACAGACGUCUUUGAUAAACGGGACAAGAACUUACCUUGAAGGACUACAGUUGAAGGAGCCUUUAGUACAGGAGGCAAGCAUUUAGCUUGAAGGGCAACAGUGAAGAAAGUCCCUCUGAAGGGAGAAGUGUUUUGACUUGAAGGUCUACAUUUAAGGACGUCCGUGCUAGAGGAGACAAAUACGUAGCUUGAAGGUCUACAGUUGAAGAAAUCAUUGAUAAAGGAGACAAAUACGUAGCUUGAAGGUCUACAGCUGAAGAAAUCAUUGAUAAAGGAGACAAAUACGUAGCUUGAAGGU